AAUUAUUUUAUUAUUUUGAGGUCAAUAGCUGGAAAUGCGGCACCGGGUGGCUACUAAACGAGUAGCGUGCGUCAUCGUGUGCCAUUGAAAGCGAAGCGUUUGGCGAAUCCAAUGGUCAGCGAUGGUUAGAGCAACAAGAAUCGCUUAAUGAUCGAUCGCUGAUCGGUUAAGCUGCCGAGAUCGAAUGAGAUCCGCUGAAAGGAUGGAGUGAUGAGAGGAAGUUAAUUCCCCUCCGGGGGUAUGCCAACCGUGGGGUUGGUACAAUUUUCCUUGAAUCCUGCCAGCCAGCAUGAUCGAUGGAAGAUUGUUUUUUUUUGUUCAUUCCCACAGACGUGUGCUUUAUAAUUGAUGUGCAAUUCUUAGCUGCAAAUGAGAUAGAUCGCAAACAUAGUUCGGUAAUAAUAACUUUUGAGACUUCAAAGGCUAUUAAAAGAUCUCAGAAAAUGUUGAGCUUUAAACAUGAAUACAUUAGAGCUUUGGUUUUAUUGUAAGUAAUCGAAUAAAGCCUAAUAGCAGGAAGAAUGAAUGACACCGUCAGAGUAGACGGCAGUAAACGUUUAGCUGAUCCUAGAAUAGUACUAAAGCGAUAAGGAACAAGAUCUUCGACAUAUGACCUUGCAAAUAGUAUACAACAAAUGUUUGCUAAACUUCCAUUAGCUGCGUGACGUUAGUAUACGUUACCGAUUGCAUCAUUAUACCUUUUUUUGGCUUGCGAUGUGUUCACAUUUCAAUCCACAACCAGCUGAUCUAACGGCCAUAUACUAAUCGUGCGAAAACGAUCAGAUUAAGUAACGCUAUCGUUCGUCCGAAUCAACCGACGCACGAGGGCCAUAACAUCUAUCCCAUCCAUCUACUAAGCUGCAGAUCGGGAACGAUGUGAUGGAUGGCGCAACUAGGGGGAUUUGCAGAAAGUAGCCCAACAGUGCCGCUCGGGUGGUUGAUAAUAUACACCCUAGCAGCCGAUGCGGGUUUGUUGUGUUUCUUGGCUCGAAAUCAUGGAGCAAAAUUGACGUCAAUGGAUGGAUGGGAUUAUAUUUUUUCAUUCUUGUCUUUUGUUUUGCUCGGGUGCUCGGGUUUACUUCGACAGCGCUCUAUCUGGAGCAACCGUGACAACGGUUAUAUCAACAAAAAAAGCGGUUGCAGCAUAAAAAGUAAACAGUGGAUAGUAGUCGCGCGAUCCCCGUCUAUCAGGAAUGGUUUUUCAGCAAACGGUAAGAAAAGCAAAAACAAUCAUGACCAGCGGGAAAUACUUGUGCACGAGCGUACAUCAGCUGAGGGGAAAGUACCAAUCCAAGUGUGGGUAUGUCCCGGGAUAAUGUCAAUGUAAUCUAGAAGCGUGCUGUAAACAGGCCUCUAAUCAUUUGGGGGAUUGUUCGGGAUUCCGUGGAAUACGGUCGAACCAUUGAAGGUUAAUUAUAAUGGGCAGCAUAGGUGCAUAGGUCAUGAUCGUAAUAGUGCUACAAGUAUCUGUCUGAUGGUGCAGUAUGAAUAAUUGAUAAAUCUCAGCGCAAUGUGUCGAAGUUCGAUUGACCAUCGUUAGGUUUGGUUACACUUCGGAAUUGUCACCUCAGUGAGAACGUUCCUGACGAGUCGUACGAUGCAAAAAAUCACCUUCAAAGGACUAACGCAACGUGUGAUUGAUAAGAACGUUGGAUUCUUCAAGGUUCGCCCCAAGCGUCUCGAGUUCGACUGUAGAACUUGGUUCGUUAAACAGCUGCGGGGACUUUGCGACAUUACAGCACUACACGGCUACAGUCAGAUAGUGCGCGAUGGCUACAGCGUGUUGGAACGUUCCGUGUGGUCUUGUGCAGUCGUGGCAUCGACCAUCAGUGCCAUUACGCUGCUUAUGAUAUCGUGGUCCUGGGCCGUGGAAACACCAACCGUUACUGUAACCGAGUCGACGAACUACCCAACCUGGAAUCUACCAUUUCCCGCCGUAACGGUGUGUAACUUGAACAAGAUUUCCGCCCUGGCAGCACUUAACCGUGCCCAGACAAUGCGCCGUCCGGGAAACAUGACGGCUGGGGAACUGUCGGAAAUGUUUCGACUGUUCCUUCACGUGUCCGGCUUGGGGCAGGCUGAUCCAGCUCAAUACAGGCGGUUACACGAUAUUAUGCUUACGAACAACCUGGAAAUACCGCAGCUAAUGGGUGAGUUCACGCCUCCGUGUGGGACACUGCUCGAACGGUGCAUGUGGAAGGGCACACAGUGGCGCUGUGACAAUCUGUUCCAAGUGGUCAACAGUACGGAAGGGUUGUGCUGUUCGUUUAAUUACUACGGUUUGCUGAAGGACAACUACCCGAAGAAGAUUACGGUGAGCGUCCCGAGGGAUCCACGGCGCGUUAUGGCUAGCGGUUACCAGACGGGUCUCUCCAUACUGUUGCAACCGUUCGCGGAAGAUUACCACUCUACGGAUGUUGCCUCGUACGGGUUUAAGGUGAUGAUCCAUAGCUCGUACGACUAUCCCGAUAAUGAUGCCGAGAUAAAGAUUGUGCUCGCUGGCACAGAGUCUUUCAUCACGCUAACACCGACCGCAACCUACGCCACCGACGAUGCACUCUCGUUCGAUCCUAGCGUUCGGAACUGUUACGCCCGUACCGAGCGGGUGUUGAGUGUGCUGCAGCGCUACUCGUACGUGAACUGUAUGGUCGAGUGUAGGGCAGCAACCAUUUACGCCAAAUGUGGCUGCAUACCGUACCAUCUGCCCAACAACGGAUCCUUGCGGAACUGCGAAAUGAAGGAUAUGGAAUGUGUGGUGCGUGCGAGAGACCGUUAUCAGACAGCUGUGCCGGCUAUGAAUGGUUCGGUGGAGCGUAUUUCGUAUCGAUCGAUCACUCCACCUUGUGGUUGUUUGCCAGGAUGUGAUAAGGUUCAGUACCCAUCGCAAAUCGUCACGGGUGUGAUGAAUCGUUCCUUCUCCUUCAACGCUUUAUCAUUUUUCAAAGACAUUCAGCUUAAGAAUCAAAGUUUGGUGCACAUUUUCCUAGCCGAUCUGACUGCAACACACUUUCGCAUGGACAUUUAUCAGGACUCUCUUGGCGUUUUAGCUUCUUUUGGUGGUAUAUUAGGAUUGUUUCUCGGUUUCAGUAUAAUAACGGGCUUCGAAGUGAUUUAUUUCUUCUCGAUUCGUCUGCUGUUUGAUGCGCUAAUGAAGAAAAAUGGUAGACGAAACGCUUCAAAUGAAAAUCAUGAAUGAAGCUUUGGUAUGACAUGCGGGAAGC